AAUUGGCUCAAACAAAAGCAAGUGGCUUGGGAGGGCACUCGGCAUUCGCUCUUCGCUUCUCAAUCGCGAUCAUCGCCACGGCUCGUCCAUCACAAAACCAUUCUCAAGCAAAAUUCGCAAAAGCCAAGGUUGAAAAUGGAGAUCGGAAGUUGGAUUUGGAUUUUCGCCCUCUGCACUUUUUCCGCUUUUGCCCAGACUUGGGACGUGGAAACGAGGCAGAAAAUUAACUCGAUCGCCUGCUGGAAUUAUGGAAAAAAUCGAUCUAUUAUUGAAGCUCCAGGCGUUCAAAAUUUCAAUGACUGCGGCCGAUGGAACCAAAGUCGAGGAAACCCUCCGUGGGAUUGGGAUGUUUUCCUCAGAACGAAAGAUGGCGAUUGGGAUUAUGGAGUUUUGUUAUCAGACAAAACAAUCAUCUUUUUCGAUUGGUACUCUUUAUACAGAGCGCAUAAAGAAGGGAAAGAAAUCAAAAUUUAUGCCGGCAAAUGUGAAGACAAAAAUGAUGAACAGAAAUGCUUUGGGAAAAGAGGUUUAUUGCAGAAUAAAAAGAUUUUGAACAUAAAGAUGGUGGAAUUGAAGUACGGCAGAUUUUAUUCCGAGAUGAUCUUCGUUUGCCAAAUUGAAAAAUUGGAAUUGACAUCGAAUUUGCAGCCUGCUUGUUUAUGGAAUUGGGGCAACACGAACGACGAACACGAAAAUUAUUAUGCUUCCUAUUUGCAUGUUAAUAGAAUAAGAAAAUCAUAUUUCCUGCCGGAGCAAAGGUGUUAUGGUGAGGAAAGGAUUGAAAAAAGGGAAUGCGACCUCUACGGGAAUUCAAUCUGCACAUCAAGAAACGAUUGGUCACCACAUUUAUUUAUUGAGCGUGAAAAACGAUUUUAUCUACGUGCAUUGAGGGCCGCCCCUUCGCGUGGAACUACAGCAUGGGUGGACUUGUUGCCGUUCUUGAAUGAAAUCACUUCAGCGUCCGUCGAUUUGGCUUCGAUGCCAAAAAUACCCAAAACAAAAUCCAAAAUAGAUUUUGGCCCAAACCAGAGUUUUGCAAACUGCGGACGACGAUCGGGCGAACGUCGCCGAAAAAGAGAAGCCGGAAAGGCCCUUCCGUUGGUCACAAAUGGCGAGAACGCGGUCAGGGGUGACCAUCCUUGGCACGCGAGUGUGUCCAUUAAAACGGAAACAGGGCGUAAGGCAGAUUCUUGCGGCGCGACACUCAUUUCCAAAAAAGUCCUCGUCACCGCGGCGCAUUGUCUCUUUGACGACGAUGGAAGUUCUUUGAAUGCGAGACACGUGGACGUGACCCUAGGAAUGCACAACCGAUCGAAUUUGCAAGAAAAUCGACAGAAGUUGACGGCUGCAAGUCUGGUGAUUCAUCCUGGCUACGACCACAGCAAGGUUGAUUUCAAGGAUGACAUUGCCCUGGUCAUCUUGGCAGAAGAGGUCAAUUUCAAUGAUUUUGUGCGGCCCAUUUGCCUCUGGAACGACGACUACGAUUUGAACAAAAUCGCCAACAAAUCCGUCACGUUGGUCGGCUGGGGCUUCACUGUGGACCAUGAACAGCCACAAAUUCUGCAAAAGGGGAUUCUGAAAAUCGUUUCGUACCAGAAUUGCUAUGAAAGCAACAAUAUGAAGAAAAGGUUUUUUUCCUUAUACAUGCGACCGACGGAAAACUUCUGUGCAGGAAUUCCUCAAACCGAGACGAAUGCUUGCGUCGGAGACAGCGGCGGAGGAUUGACCUUUUACGAUCGUGAUGACACCGAACGCCACUUUUUGCGCGGCGUAGUCAGCAUGGGUUCUGUCAAGGAAUUGCCCGACGGUUUCGUCACGUGCAACCCCAAGUUCUACGCCCUCUACACCGACGUCACCAACUACAUGGACUGGAUCGUCCGAAACUCCCCCGACAUAAAUGUUUAGAUUUUUUUUAAAAUACAAAUGUCAUUAUGCAGUUAGUAAUUUGAUUGCUGGGAAAUAUUUCUUUUUAAACGAGUUAUUAAAUUUUGGUCCAAAUUGAGUUAAUGUUUGAUGCGAAAAAUGCGAAAAUGUAAAAGGAUUUUCAUUAAUUAUCAAUGAAUUACAUUUUUUGUAAAUCAGUCAUCAGUGUAUAAUGAAAAAUUUCCUUGUUUUCUUUUUCAAGCUGUAAGAAAUUCAAUAAUAAAAAUUAAGAAAAAUCUA